AUGCUGGUUCAGACCCCGCUCACCCCUCCGGGCCUCGGCGCCGAUGUGGUGAUGCCGAGCAUAAAUGAGGACACACCGACACCGACCACAACCUCCUUCGAAGCCCGCGCGCUGGAACUCCUCCGCCUUGGUGACAACGCCCGCGCGCUGGAACUCCUCGAGGGAGCUGACAAGUUGAAUAUCCGCCUCGUCAACAUGCUCUUCACGGCGCUGAUUGGGACCGGGGUCGGGGUAGACGCGGCCGCGGUCCGCGCCCAGCAGGCGUGUGCGGCUCACGGCAUCGCUCCCAACGCGUCAAUCUUCAACAACAUUCUCGCAGCGCUCGACAAGGCGCCUCGACCCUCUGUGCCACCGACAACCCCCUUCACCCCCCUUACCCAAGUUCCCUUUGUGCAGGCGGGGCCCCCAGAGGCGGUGCUCGCGUGGCUCGCAAAGAUGCGUGCGGCGGCCCACCUGCAGCGGCGCGACUUUGGCGCCGCCGCCGAGCUGCUGCGCAGCAUGAUGAAGCGGGCCGCCGGUGCCGACUACCCGCCCCCGCCCAACGAGAUGUCCUUCAACACGGUCAUCUCUGCCCUCGGCGACGCGGCGCAGCCCGAGCGCGCAGAGUCGGUCCUCUCGACGAUGAUCGACGCCGGCUUCACAGCGUCGCCCGUCACCUUCACCGCGACCAUCGCCGCUUUUGCAAAGCAGUCCCGCCCCGCGGACGCCGCCCGCGUCCUCAAGCGCAUGCUCGCUGCGCGGCUGCAGCCCGACACGUGGUGCUUCAAUGCCGUCCUGUCGGCAUACGCCAACGCCGCCGACCCGGAGGGGGCGCGGGCCACGCUGGCCAACUUCGAGGCGCGCGCGGCGGAGGAGUGCCCGAACGCGGCGCCCGACUUGGUCUCGUACAACACGCUCAUGCUCGCCUGCGCGCGGGGCGGCAGGCCCGCCGAGGCGGAGGCUGCCUUCCAAAAGCUGCUCGCGCGCGGGCUGGUGCCAAACGAGCCGACAGCGUCGACGCACGCGAUCCUGGUCAACGCGCUGGUGAAGGCGGGGCAGCUCGACGCGGCCAGCGCGUCGCUGCAGGCGCUGCUCGUCGCCGGGGAGCGCCUCUCCGCGCCGACGUUCAACACGCUCAUCUCCGCGUACGGCAAGGCUGGCCGCAGGCCCGACGCCGAGGCGGCCUUCAGCGCGAUGCUCGCGGCGAACGUGCGCCCGUCGCUCGUCACCUACAACGCCCUCGCCUCGGUCUACGCGCUCGAGGGCGACAUCGACGCCGCCGAGGCCGCAGUGCACGCGGCGUCGCAGCGUGGCUUUGCGCCCGACCGCUUCACCUAUGCGGCGCUCUUCAACGCCACGGCGCCGCAGCCGAGCGCGCCGUCGCCGGUGCGCCUCGCCGGGGUGCCGCUCACUCGCUCAAAGUCAAACCGCGCGCGGCUGCUCGAGCUGGCGCAAAGCGUCGCCGCCGCCGAGGCCGGCGACGCGGAAGGCGGCUCGCCCGCCUCUGGGGACGGGCAGCGCGGAUCGAUGCGCUCGCGGUCCGUCUCAUCCAACUUAGCGGACGCGCUCACCGUGCCGCCGGCGGUGCCGCUCACGAGGUCGGCCGCCUCGGAGCUCGCGAUCACGUUGGGCGACGACAUGCGGCUCGAGUAG